UGGGAAUCAAAACAAUCCCCCACAGGAAUGCUGUGAAGCCAGAUCAUUCCAAACUAAAAUGCAGUGUCUAAACAGGAAACGUAUCCAAGGUCAUUUUAGGUUGGAUGUUAUAAAUGAGGGACUAAUGUUAGUAUUUUCUUUUUACUAUCAGGUAGUAAAUGAAAGUAUACAGGAAUAGCAUGUCUCAUUUUAAAAGGGAACACAAGUAUACUGCUGGCUUCCACAUGAUCAGUAUGUAAAAGUGAGAAAGUGACUAAGUAGUAGGAACAAUAGGUAAUGAAUAAAAAAAUAGGUAGUGAAAAAAUAGGUAGUGAGUCUGCGUGGAAUGUGGAAGGCUGAAAGGCACGGCUGAGCGUGCCAAGGACAGGGAUGACAUUUGGGUUAUUUGGGUGAAGUGCAGGUGAGUGCUCUGACCUGGCCACAGAUCCGUCACCCUGGAGCCCGAGCAGCUCAUCUCAGUCCGAGAGGCAGAAAUACACUCUAGGGACCAGCACUGUGCCAAUAUUUAUUAUUUCUCUCCAAGGCACUGCAGCAUGGCAGAAGCCUCUGUCUCUCCACUGAAGCACUUUGUGCUGGCCAAAAAGACCAUCACUGCCAUCUUCGACCGGCUGCUGGAGUAUGUCACUGAGGGAGCAGCGUUUGUGGAAGCCACAUACAAGAACCCAGAGCUUGACCAUAUAGCAACAGAAGAUGAACUAGCAAAAAUACAAGCAUAUAAAAACAAGCUGGCAGUCAUUGGAGAGGUGCUCUCAAGGAGACACAUGAAAGUGGCAUUUUUUGGCAGAACAAGCAGUGGGAAAAGUUCAGUCAUUAAUGCAAUGCUGUGGGACAAGGUACUUCCCAGUGGGAUUGGCCAUACAACAAACUGCUUCCUCAGUGUGGAAGGGACUGAUGGAGAUAAGGCUUAUCUGAUGACAGAAGGAUCAGAUGAAAAGAAGAGUGUCAAGACCGUCAAUCAGCUGGCUCACGCACUCCACAUGGAUAAGGAUUUGAAGGCUGGCUGUCUCGUCCAUGUCUUCUGGCCCAAGUCCAAGUGUGCCCUGCUGAGAGAUGAUUUGGUUAUAGUGGACAGCCCUGGCACAGAUGUCACUACAGAACUGGACAGCUGGAUUGAUAAGUUCUGCUUGGAUGCUGAUGUGUUUGUCUUGGUUGCCAAUUCUGAAUCAACUCUCAUGAACACGGAGAAACAUUUUUUCCAUAAAGUGAACGAACGACUUUCCAAGCCAAACAUCUUCAUCCUCAAUAACAGAUGGGAUGCUUCUGCAUCAGAGCCAGAGUACAUGGAAGAUGUGCGGAGGCAGCACAUGGAGCGCUGUCUGACCUUCCUGGUCGAUGAGCUCAAAGUUAUUGAUCCUGUGGAGGCAAGGAAUCGCAUCUUCUUCGUUUCAGCAAAAGAAGUUCUGAGUGCCAGGACACAGAAGGCCCAAGGAAUGCCAGAGAGUGGUGGAGCACUUGCUGAAGGAUUUCAAACAAGAUUCCAAGAAUUUCAGCAUUUUGAGCAGAUAUUUGAGGAGUGUAUCUCGCAGUCAGCCGUGAAAACCAAGUUUGAACAGCACACUAUCAGAGCUAAACAGAUAAUAGAUACUGUGAAAGACAUUAUGGACACCAUAAACGUUGCAGCAGCAGAGAAAAGAGUCCAGUCCAUGGAAGAGAGAGAAGAUCAGAAGGACAGGCUGGACUUUGUGAGAAAUCAGCUGAACAUUUUGACAGAAGACACCAAGGAAAAGAUCAAACGCGUUACUGAGGAAGUCGAAAACAAAGUCUCCUCUGCCAUGACUGACGAGAUUUGCCGGCUUUCAGUUUUAGUUGAUGAAUUUUAUUCUGAUUUCCACCCUUCUCCUCAAGUAUUGAAGCUCUAUAAGACAGAGCUGAACAAACACAUAGAAGAUGGUUUGGGGAAGAACCUGGCUGAGCGCUGCUCCACUGAAGUCAACCAGUCAAUGCACCAGUCCCAGCAGGAGAUGAUUGAAAAUCUGAAACCAUUGUUGCCUUCUAGUGUUCAGGAUCAGCUCCACUUGCUAAUUCCAUGCAGGAAGUUUGAUCUUAGCUAUGAUCUAAACUGUCAUAGCCUGUGUGCAGAUUUUCAAGAGGAUAUCAUGUUCCACUUUUCUUUGGGAUGGACUUCUCUUGCAAACCGUUUCUUGGGUCUUAAACAAGCUCAGAAAGUACUGCAGGGAUUAACAGAUCCAAACCUACAUAUCCCUCGUCCUUUAGCCAGCACCCCGUCUGCCGCCAGCCUGCCCGCCUUAACUCCCGACAGCGUGCCCCAGGAGGAGUUCAUGGUUCCCUUGGUGUUGAGUUUGGCCUCGCUGACAUCCCGGACCUCCAUGAGCAUCAUCAUUGUUGGUGGAGUGAUUUGGAAAACCGUAGGCUGGAAACUGAUCUCGCUGUCGCUGAGCAUGUAUGGGCUGCUGUACCUGUAUGAGAGGCUGACCUGGACCACGCGGGCCAAGGAGAGAGCCUUCAAGCAGCAGUUUGUCAACUACGCCACCGAGAAGCUGCAGAUGAUCGUCAGCCUCACCAGCGCCAACUGCAGCCACCAGGUGCAGCAGGAAAUGGCCACUACUUUUGCUCGGCUGUGUCAGCAAGUGGAUAUUACUGAGAAAAACCUGGAAAAAGAAAUAGCUAGGCUUUCCAAAGAAAUAGAUCAACUGGAGAGCAUACAAAGCACCUCCAAGCAGCUGAGAAAUAAAGCCAUUCACCUCGAGAAUGAACUAGAUCGCUUCACAAAACAUUUUCUUCAAAAGAGUAAAUAAAACAUCAUUGUGAACCUUCCCGGUGCUCCUUUGUAGGGCAAAGUAGGAAUUUUACAGGUGACACUUCUAUUCUAUGAAAAUGAUUUAUAUUUUUAAUGUUACUCUGGUGACAGUUGUUGUAAAACUUGGACUCUGAUGGUGAACCAAACGGUAGAGCUGUGGUACUCUUGAGUGUUAUGUUCAUUUUGCAGAUUUUGGGUUAAAAAUUACCUUUAAACACUAAAUUUUUUUGAGCACUUGACAAUAAAACCCCAAAUCCUCA